GCCAGGCUGCGGUUGUACCCAUCCCAGGGAGAUUCAACAUCACACCGUGGGGCGAUCUUGGGAAGUUCCAUUUACGAGGAUAGGCUAUUGACUACGAAACGGCUUGUGGACAGCUUUUUUGCCUCACGGAAAACCAAGCGUACACAGAGAAAGCUUGCGUUUUCGCCGUCGUUGAGAGCGAGGGCUAUAGCUCCUUUGAUACCCUUGGAUACGCCAGUGAACGUAUACAUCAAGGUGGAGUCCAAUAUUGUCUUAAAAGCAGAUGCAUUAUUUUGCCGUCUGAUUUUCCCUAGUUGAUUUGAAUUCCAGGUCUGAUUAAAACGUUCAUCUUAGAUGGAUGCCAUCUCUCACAAAUAAUGAAGCGACAUUGUUUUUCAUUAUUUAUGCGUGCGAGACGCAUGCUUGUAGUCCUGCAUAUCAGAUUUCCCACAAACCUCUCUUGAUUUUCUGGUGCUCUUAGUGCCGUGAUCUCGGCCGCGCAUUGAGGGGACAGAGGAAGGUGUGGGGAACAUGGCCCAUUAAUGAAAAUUACACUUCACCAUUAUCCAGGCGUCAACAAUCAUAAUUGCAACAUUUGCAGGCCAUCUGAACGAAAUUGUGUAUUACUUUACCUCGUUCAACACAGCUGUUGAGCGCCAGUAAAAAUCUGAUGGUAUUCGUCAUCUUUUGGCACAGCCCAUUUUGAAAACUGCAUUACCAUGCUUGACCUGCCUGGGUAUUUACUUAAUACUGUUUAUAAAGCAGUGGAUAUUGCAUCUUUUUCCAUUUGCCGUUUGUCCCCAUUUUCCUGACUCGCAAUGUCUCUUGCUCGUCCACCCCCAAUGUCUGACAUCCAGCUGGCGACAUCAUCGUCCUCCGUUUCGUUGUAAAAAAAAAACAGCUCGAUCAGUCUAAAUCUCCCCAUCGAAGAGACCCAUCUUGAAAGUGGCACGAGCUCGUGUGCUCAUGUGGUUUAUUGUACCUGGUAGUGUAACGAAGGACACGACAAUGAACCCCGCCACUUGUCAGCAAAAGAUGAACUAGCCUCGUCAGCGCCAUUUUUCUUGACACAUGACAUACGAGACCCAGGCAUCUAGAUAUGCACCAAGCGUUUGACAUUGGCACGAAGAAUGCAGCCUGCGGGUGUGGCGGCCGUGGAAGGCUACCGAUUAGAGUGAGGUGUCAAGCUAUCUUGCUUUCCCUUCCCGGGCGUCGAGGCCGGUUGGUGGCGUGUCGGGGGCCGAGGGUGGCGGUGUUCCGGUGGGGUCUGCAGGGUUGGGUGUUCACCUCAUCAUUUUUACGAACGAGUCUGCCAUGUCGCAUUGACGCCAAGGGUGCUCCGAUUAUGCUGCUGACGGUUAUGGGAGUGGAAAGUUCCGUUGUUGCGACAGGGUCAAGGGCGAUUUUGAGUUGUAACUUCUCAUGCACGGCAAUGACCCAAUUUCAAUAUCCACUGACGUUGGGAGACGGAGUAUUCGCUGCCGCUCUCGUGUGGAUGAUACCGUGGUAUUGGUUGAGUGCUAUACUGUGCUGGGAGAAGUAGAGAAAGCUCCGCGGUCAACAAUUGUGCAAUUCUUCCCAAGGAGAUCUUGUCUGGCGCCGGCCUGUCAGUCGGACUGAGGUGUCCUGCAGCGCUUCACCAGCCCGCCUUCCUCCGCAGAUCCGUCGCCUGACGACAGACGGCGUCGAGCCCAACAACCUGAGGACCGCCUGGCAGGACGACGACGACGAUGACGACAUGAUGACGUCAUUCGAGCUCUACGACCAGAGCGAACGGAUGGCUAUCAAACGGCGGCUAGGCUCAGACGGCUCCUCGAACACGGGCGACUCCGACGGCGGCACGAGCAGCGACGCUAGUUCGCCCAACAAGCAACAGAGGGCAGGCGGAUCGGGUGCUGCCGCCGGCCCCGGCCGCCGGCGUCGCCAGGGCGCCGCUAACCGCGAACGCUACCUGCGCCGACUCGAGAGCAACGAACGGGAACGCAUACGUAUGCACGGCCUCAACGCUGCUUUCCACAAUCUGCAGGAGGUCAUACCACCCGUCAGCAUGGAGCGGAAGAUGUCCAAAAUCGAGACGCUGACGCUGGCGCGUAAUUACAUCAUGGCGCUGACGAACGUCAUCUGCGAGAUCAAGGGCGGUCACAAGCCUUUCUCGUUCCUGGACCAGUUCGCGCCCACCUCUGAGCAGCAGGUGGAGGAAGUCAUGCGCACCUUUCGGCUGGGCCCGCCCGGCCAGACCAGCCGGCGGAGGGACGAGGCGUUAUAGGCGGCGCCACGAGCGCUUUUCUAGGGCACAAUGGCGGCACGGCCGCUGACGCAGUGGGCCUCCGGCCUCCGGCCGCGCACCGGGUCGGCGUAAUCGGAAUCCGGCCUGGGAGGGUCUGCCCACGGUCCGGCCUCAGGUCUGGUAACAGGGUCUGGACGCGAAGGACUCGCGGUGCCGGAGGCUGGACUCCGAGGUCUGCCACCAGAGUCUGGACUCCGAAAUCUGGCGCCAAGGUUUGGACUCGGGCUCGCAUCAAAGUCUGGACUCGAAGGACCCACACCGGAGUCCUGACUCCCUGGGCAGUCUGACACCGGAAUCUGGUCUCCGCGGUCCGGUACUAGGGUCUGGACCCGCGGUCCCACACGAGGAUCUGUACUCCGCGGUCUGACACCGGGACCUGGACUCCGCGGUCUAGUGGGAGACGAAGCCGAAGGCCGCAGAUGUGAUAGGCGCUGUGCCGAGCGGCGCUGUGCGGCGUGGCGCCGCUGCAGAUGCGAGGUCAUGUGAUGUGACGUCACUGGCGGGGUGAGGUCAGACAGGUGUGGCGUGAUCAUUAGAUCGUGUGAUCUGGUGUGGCCGCGGGCGUUGGUCGUGUUAUGUGUCUGUGAGGUUUUUGAUGUGAUGCCGUGUCGUGCCCGUUACAUGCUGCUCUGCAGGAUCUAUGAGGAUGUGGUGUGUAGUAGAUUUUGCCGGAAGAUGGUGCAUACAAUUCAGCGUAUUUGAAGCGUUGUUGGUGGUGGGUUCCCGAGUGAGCCAAAACUAUGAGACAGUUUACGCAUGAACGCGUUGGUUCUAAGCUUGAAGAAGAUACGGUUUCUGCCGCUUUCCAUGACACGGCCUUCAGUCUUCCUUCUGGCUCCCACCAGGCUUCGUUGGAUCGUAUCUGCGCUCGGAGAGAGAGUGCAAUGCUAGCGCGUGCAAUGGUAGUGUGGCUUUAAGCCGAAGGGUGGCUGAAGCCAACGAGGGCUUGUCACGAGCCGGUGUACAAAGCGCCUGACACCCCCCCCCCCCUUCCCCCGGUGUCAGGAGCGAGGUGGAUCUUUCCCGGUUCCCCGAGCUGCGCGGGAGGUCUCUGAGCGGCCCGAAAGCCUGAUUCGCCCCCCUCCCAUGGUGAUGCUUGCUAUGCAAUAUCGCGUAGGCAAAAUGUGACGUCGUCUGCAUGCUGUUUUGGCGCCCUUACAAGCUUUUGAAGAGCAUUUACUAUGUUUCUACCGUGUUGCCCUUAAUAUGCGUUUGUGAGCUCAGCCUUGCAGUUUGAACAUGAUUCUUCCCGCCGUUUUUAAACAUGUGCUUAAGCAAAUAAUGAGAACGAAAUUAAGAUUGCAUUGCAAAAGAUGCACCACAGAGGCAUGCGACGGCCAGCAACGACAUUGAUUUGAAGAGCCAUCCCCCGGAAACGCCUCGUAAAUCUCACUAAGUAGAUUCCAGCUGAUGCUGCUCAAGACUUUCCUAUUCUCGAAACCUUGCUACCCGGGUUUCCGUGUAAAAUGGCACCGGCUGAUGUCAGUUCAUGAUCCAAGAUUCCAGCUCACAUGCAUGCCGUGCCACUGAACCGCUCUUGUUUGGCGAUGAUUGAGCUCUGCUGUCCGGUGUUUGGCGUUUUAAGUGCUCGAGCGACAGUAGUUGGUGUCCGCUUUAUGGAUGGGAACCGUGAGUCUUUCGCGUUAGAUCAUAGAGGUGCUCUACUGAGAACGUGAGAACUGCGAACGUGGAAGCGGAACGACCCUAGACCGCGUGCUGAGAACGCGUCGGAGUUUUUCGCGAAUGCCGCUCACCUUGCAGAUAUAUUUUCGAACAGUGACAAGCGGUGCAAGUACCGAAUAAUGUUCCGUAGGCGCGAGUAGUUUCAUUGGAGGUUAACCGCCUGCAGUUUUCUAUACGUCAUGGCCGGAAGCAUGUACUAUGCCCGUUAUUUUGCGCCCAUUGCUGUCUGUUUUUGGACCCAAUCCCGGAUGCCAUUGUGCUCCUUUCACGACGGUCAAGGUGCAAAACAUCUUAAAUAUAUAGAUGCAGCUUGAAAGAUCCGCCAUGAAACGAUGUCACCGAUGGUAUUCAACCAUCGUCCGUUAAAACAUUUCUCUAAAAACCAGCAUUACGAAUAAUCUAAAAAAUACCAUUUCUUGGAUGUGGCCAUGGUAAAAGACCUCUUUUAUUGGACAAAAAUCCCACGAGGAACGUUGUCUUAAAAUGUGUUUCGCGUUUCAGCCAUCGUGAAAGGACGAAGUGCAUCUAAUUAAAAACAUGCGCUGUCAAGCUGGCACUCGGUAGGAAAUGGCCCACUGAACGACGUAAACGCCGGGCAAAUGUACCGAUCCUUACACGCAAAAAGUGUAACACUCGAUGCGUUCCCACGUCUGCUCAGCGCAAUUCGAAUGCGGCCUAGGCGCACAACGGCGUCUGUGUCUGUUAUCCGGAGGAACCUCGCCCCGACCCUGCGGGCUUCCCCCAGCGCGGCUCGGCGCCGGCCCGAUGCGCGAGGCCCAGGUUGUGAACGGUCUUCCAAUGUCACUUGCCUUCCGUGUCAUGUUGUCUUCCGUCGCGCGUGUGUGCAUUGACCAGGCGUGAUGCGUGAUGGGGGCUCGUGCGCGUCUGCGCUGUCGGCCGGCCACGAACAGUACACCUUGCGAGUGACAGACCGGGGAGGGGUGCCUGCCGCACGUGCUGUGUCGGUAGCCGCUGGUCGUGUGACGUCACGGCGUUCAUGUGUGCAUAUUAUUUAUUCUCGAGGUUUUAUUGACGCAGAAUUAGCCGGGGCCGGCCUUUGUCCUGGAUGUGGCCAUUUAGAUAUCGUAUUUUUGUACAUAAGCGAUGAAUACAUGGGACGCAAUCAAA